AUGAUUGAAACAGGAGUUCGAAUAUGCAGACUGUCCAAAACCAUCAUCCUUCCCACGCUGUUAUCAUUGCAAUGGUACGACCAUGUGUAUAGAAACUGUAAAAACUAUAGUACGGCUAGCACAAGAGCUACAGAACAGAACAGACCAGAACAGUCUGACACAUCUGUGAAAGAGACUACACCACCACUACCUUGUGGUUAUGAGGGUACCUUAUCAGAUGACAAAGAUGACAUCCAACUCAGUGAAUGGGAGACAAAUAAGACAACAAGCUGGUGUGAAGCAGAAUCAAAUCAAGGAACGGCAAGUGAAAGUGACAUGAAAGAGGGCUCUCGGAGUGAUGCAAACGAUAAGAGAACACGCAAAAGAGGAAGGAAUGAAAAAGAAACACUCUCACCAACACCUGACACGAAUACACAGCUAAAACAAAGAAAGAAGAAAAAGAAGAAAGCACGAGAGAAAUCAGCUACUGAACACCCGCAUGUGGAAAACCAGGACGCAUGUGGGACAUUGCCAGCUCCAGUCUAGACUCGACUGGAAAUGUUUUGUUUUUUCUCUUUCCCUCUCUC